AUGAAGACCGCCACCAUCCUCCCUUUUCUUUGCGUCUUGGCUGCUGCGGCUCCAACUCUCAAUAAGGGCCCCGUGAAAGAUGUGCAUGGACUCCAGAAUUCCGGUGCUGGUGAUGCUGGUCGUGGCGAUUUCCACGGUGAAUCAACAGGGCACCAAUCGUCCGAAAGUGAGGACCAUGGGGAUAUGCUCGGCGGUCUGAAGAAGCGUCAGUCUUCUGGAAGCGGUGGUCUUGGUAGUAUCCUCGGAGACCUUGGCCUUGGCCAAAGCCAAGGAGGACCUGAAGGCGAACGUGGCGGUGCCUUUGGUGGACCACCAAGAAUGUCCCAAUCGUCCGGAAGUAGCGGUGGCCUUGGGAGUUUGCUCGGUGAUCUGAAGAAGCGUCAGGUUCCUAAUCCUGCUGAUCUCAUUGAAGACCUACUGGCAGAGCACGGAGGUAGUCACAUCCGAGGAUUUGAAGGCGAACGUGGUGGUCCGGAGAAGCGUCAAUCUUCUGGGAGCGGUGGUCUUGGUGGUCUCCUCGGAGACCUCGGCGGUAGCCAUAGCGAAGGAUCUGAAGGCGAACGUGGAGGUUUCUUUGGUGGACCACCAGGAAUGUCCCAAUCGUCCGGAAGUGGUGGUGGUAGUGGUGGCCUUGGGAGUUUGCUCGGUGAUCUGAAGAAGCGUGAAUUCCCCGGCCCUGAGGGUCCUUUCUUGCAUCGACCUGGACCGGAUAUCAAGAAAGAGGGCCCUCAUCCUGGGCCCAAGCCCGGUCUUGACUAUUUCAAGAAACUUGCCGGCGAGGGCGCGAAAAAAAAUGAAACUUCUGAUUCCAAGAAGAGCGACUCCAACAACAGCAACUCUAACGACGACAACGACAACAACGACUCCGACUCCGACGACUCCCUCGUCAACGUCCUCGACGGCUCCGAUGCCGCCGUGACUCAAAACGCGCAGAACCUCACCGUCGGCGCCCUCAGACACAAACGUCAACUCCUCAAAGACUUGGGCGGAGAGCCAGAAUUCGGCAACAGAAAUGAGGGCGAGGACGACGAGGACGAGAGCCCUUUGAAUAUACUUGAUGGCUCAACUCUGCAGAUAGACCACAACAUACAGAAUAUAACUAUCCUCCGCCGCUACGAGUCCCACCACCAGCAACAGCAGCACCAGGGUCAUCAUCAUGAAUCCGGCUCCCUCGCCACGAAAACGAAGAGAUGGUUCAGCGCUCUUUUCGGACGGCGUGCGCCUGAAAAUGCCGCUGUCUUGCGUCGACGACAAACCUCAUCGUCAACGUCAUCUGCGUCUGCGGUUCCAUCUACGUCCUCUGGACACACACGACGACCAAUUCUCAACGCCGCGGACGGCGACAACACCACCGCCAACGACAAUUACAAGGAAGACGAGGACGCGCUCAUCAACGCCGCCGAUGAUUCAGGAAUGGACAUCAGCAAGAAUAUAGAAAACAUCACUAUCCUCAAACACCGACGCGGCUCCAAGAAAGGCGACAACCGUGACGAUGACAAGGCAGUAACCAACGUUCUGAAUGGUUCUGAGCUAGAAACGAAUGAGAAUGCGAAUAACGUUAAUGUCGCUGAUCUUUAG